CGCCCGCCUGCCCGCUCUGGCCCGGCCCGGCAGGCGCUCCCCAAGUCCGCCCCCGUCCUGAGCGGCCGCGCGGGUGCCCGGACUGGAGCGCGCGAGGGGCGGGGGAGCCUUCCCCAUGCCGUGGACCAGCUGCGGAGCCGGCCGCGGGGCUCGGCUGCUCGGCGCCGUGAGGGGCCUCUGCGCGCGCCUCGCCGCCCCCCGCCGCCCCCUGAGCGCGCCCCGGGGCACGUGCGAGACCCCCGCCUCCCCGGGCGGCACGUGCGGCGGCUCCCGGGCGCCUCUGAGCGCGCGCGCAGCAGCGGCGGCUCCCCGGGCGCAGCCCUUCUUGGCACCGCGCCGCCUCUGCCGGGCACAGGGACCCGGGCCGGCCGGCGUGCGGACUUGGGCAGCCGCUCCCCCUCUGGCCAUGGCGGCCAAGGUGGACCUCAACACCUCCACCGACUGGAAGGAGGCCAAAGCUUUUCUGAAGGGCCUGAGUGACAAGCAGAGGGAGGAGCAUUACUUCUGCCGAGACUUUAUCAAGCUGAAGAAAAUACCCUCCUGGAAGGACUCGGCCAAAGGGGCCGGUGGCAAGGAGGACGAGCCCGAAUACAAGAAGGACAAGACCCUGAAUGAGAAAAUCUCGCUCUUCCGUGGAGACAUCACCAAACUGGAGGUGGACGCCAUUGUGAACGCGGCCAACAGCUCCCUGCUCGGAGGCGGCGGCGUGGACGGCUGCAUCCACCGUGCUGCGGGGCACCUGCUGACCGAGGAGUGCCGCACUCUUCACAGCUGCGAGACGGGCAAAGCCAAGAUAACGGGGGGCUACCGCCUGCCCGCCAAGUAUGUCAUCCACACCGUGGGGCCCAUCGCUCAGGGAGACCCCAGCCCCAGCCAGGUCCAGGAGCUGCGUAACUGCUACCUGAACAGCCUGCAGCUGGCACUGGAAAACCGCCUGAGAUCAGUGGCCUUCCCUUGCAUCUCCACAGGGGUCUUUGGUUACCCCAAUGAAGCCGCAGCCGAAGUAGUUCUGGGCACCCUCCGACAAUGGCUGGAAGAACACAAGGACAAGGUGGAUCGACUGAUCAUCUGUGUGUUCCUGGAAAAGGAUGAGUUGAUCUACCACAAGCGGCUGCCUCACUUCUUCCCCGUGGCCUGAUGCUGUCCCUCCCCACUCCCCAAGACUGAUGCUCCCACGGGGCUGCAGUCCCAGCUCUGAGGACAUGAGACUGUUCACCCCCUCCAAGCUACCCUAAAACCCAGGACCUCUUUUCCCCCAAGACCCUCCCACAGGAAUGAGGGUCUCCCAGUAUUCAAUAAAGGCUUCUGCUCAGUACUA